GCGCAAUGGUAACAUCUCGCGAGAACGUCCGCAGAGGCGCGAAUAUACAAGCGACUUGUUGCUGCCAAUUGAAAUAAUGUCGAACCCGCUCUUUGACAACGACCCCAACCAAGAAGAAUGUCAGGAGGAUGACAUGACUCCGGCCGACUUGAUCGCGAAACUGGAGAAGGCUUGGCUCAAUGAAAAGUUCUCACCGGAGCUGCUAGCCAACCAGGCCGAGGUGGUUGAGUGUGUCAUAGAGCAACUCACACACAUGGAAGCAAACCUACAGCGGGUGAAGAAAGGUGACCCCAAAGCCAGCAUCCAUCGCAUGGAGAUUGACCGCAUCCGCUUUGUGCUGUGCAGCUACCUGCGCUCUCGCUUGCAGAAGAUUGAAAAGUUCUAUCCGCAUGUUCUUGAGAAGGAAAAGUCCCGCAGCAAAGGAGAACCGGCGCUGCUUUCACCUGAGGAGUUCGCCUUUGCUAAAGAGUAUGCUGCAAACACGGAAAGCCACUUGAAGUCUGUGGCACUGAGCCACAUGCCCCCCAUCCUCCAGACACUUGACAUGCUCAAAGCAGUGCCAGCGCCAUGCCUAGAUUCCUUUGUUUUCCUCCGAGUGAAGGAGAGCCAAGAGAACAUCUUAGUGGAGCCCGAAACAGAUGAUCAAAGAGAGUACGUUGUGGAUCUUGAAGAGGGCUCUCAACAUCUCAUGCGCUAUCGAACCAUAGCACCACUUAUUUCGAGUGGAGCUGCACAGCUCAUCUAAAUGUCAAGGUUUGUGUUUCUGUUCUGGGCGCUUUGGCCUUCAACAGCUUGUAAAACAAGUAGCAGACAGUUUUACAGAUCUGGAUGCAACUCAGACCUUAUGCUCCAAGCGUGAUUGGUGUCCCAAUCGUGGACCCAUAGCUUCAAAUGCAGGCACAUCCAAUCCACUUAAUAUUGAUUCCUGUUCCUGUGUCCACAUUUUGAAGUGGAGUGGACAAUUUCUGUGCUGCAUUAAAAGCCCACAAAUACAAACAUAACAUGGUAACUUAACUAUUUUGUAUUUUGACCGCUGGUUUGAAUGGGGCCGUCUAUUGCGUGUUCGCAGAAUGAUGUAUUGGUGGGGAGGGUUUGAGGGGAGAAGUACUGUGUUUAAAAAAAAAAAAAGAGCCCUGCCAUAAUACAUGUCUCAGACAUGAUGGCAGUGGCCCAAAAUAUGGAAUGUACUGCCGGAAUUAUUUUCUCUGGUGGUGAAGGCUUAUUAAUUUCAUUAAAUGAAUUGUGAAGAAAUACAAAA